AAGAGCAUUCUCGCCGAACUAUCUCCCCAAUAAUACCCCUAUCUGCAACUCUCAACUGCCGUCCUGCACCCAUGUACUCUCCCGCCGCCGCCAUCUCAACACCCACGCUGGACUCCGAGUCCCCCGCCCUCCUCCAAUCCAUAACCUCUCACGGAGGCUACGCUUUUACCCGCAUGGCCACAUUAGCCGCCGCCGGUGACCAACGAGCUGCCGAGGCGGCGUGUGAGAUGGCCUGGGAGCAGCUUCACUCUGGCCCUUGGCACUCUGUUCUCCCCGUCUGGCGUGACGCUUACUCCAUGGCGUGCCUCCACGUGGCCAAGUUCCAUUUCUCGAAUGGCGAGUUCAGAGACGCUCUUAGGUCUUUGGACUUGGGGAUCAUAAUGGGCGGUCCUUUGCUUAGGAAGGAUUUGGACUCCGCAAUCGAAGCCGUUUCGGCCGCCAAGUCCAGGCAGUAUCAUAACGGAAUAGCUCAUGAUAAUAAUGGUCGCGAAAAUGCAAGGUCUGGAUUACUGGUUCCUCCACGGGAAUUCGAUAAGUCCGAGGUACUACAAAUUUUGCCAAUAAGGUCACUUUCUUCCAAGAUUGUGGCGAAGAGGUCCGCCCUAUCUCUAGAGGCAUUUCUAUGUGAGUAUUUCCUCUCGGGUUCUCCAGUUAUAAUUACUGAUUGCAUGGCUCACUGGCCAGCCACGACAAGGUGGAAUGAUAUGGAUUACUUAAGAGGGGUUGCUGGUGAUCGUACUGUUCCGGUUGAGGUUGGAAAAAAUUACUUAUGUUCAGAUUGGAAGCAAGAUCUUAUUACAUUUUCCGAGUUUCUUGAGAGGGUUCAAUCGAAUGGCUGUACUAGUAAGGUCCCCACAUAUCUUGCACAGCACCAAUUGUUUGAUCAGAUAAAUGAUUUACGGAAGGACAUUUCUAUUCCUGAGUAUUGUUAUGCUGGUGGUGGGGAGCUGAGAUCUCUGAAUGCAUGGUUUGGUCCAGCUGGGACAGUGACACCUUUGCACCAUGAUCCACACCAUAAUAUACUUGCUCAGGUUGUUGGUAAAAAGUAUGUGAGACUCUAUUCUGCUUCAUGUUCUGAGGAGCUUUACCCAUACAGCGAAACUAUGCUCUGCAAUUCUAGCCAGGUUGAUCUUGACAACAUAGAUGAGGUGGAGUUCCCGAAGGUGCGUGACUUAGAAUUCAUAGACUGCAUCCUAGAGGAAGGAGAAAUGCUUUAUAUCCCACCUAAAUGGUGGCAUUAUGUGCGAUCAAUGACGACGAGUUUUUCAGUCAGCUUCUGGUGGAGUAGUGAUUCAGGGAGCUCAAUGGUAGGUUAGUAUGUAGUAGUAGUGUAUCCCUUCUUCGCUGAUGUUGUAAAAUGUUGUUGGAAUAGAGGAGGAAGUUAAUAAUGUGUAAUAUUAAACCCUACCUGGCAAAAUGCAUGUAGAGCCAGCGUGAAUGAACAUUAUGAUGUGUAUUGGUGCGUGUAUGGGGAAUUUUGAGUGCAUUUUUAACUCGGUCUAGUUGACUGAUGUAGCACGGAUUUAAAUAGAGCAACGAAAGCUAUGAGACGAA